AUGGCGUUCUAUCAUUUGCGCAAAAUGCAAGCUGAACAAUCUUUAUGUAUUGCUCCUGAUAUUGAAGUCAUUCCAUAUCCUAUUUCUCAUGGCCCCACGCGCCUUGCCGCGGGUGUCUCGCAGUUCGACGAACAAAUUUUGCAGGCGCCGCGAGUAGAGGAUUGUCAUUGCCAUAUGAAUGGAGACUUUAGCCGGACAGUUUCCACGGCUUUUCACUUUAAGAAUCGACGUCUGGAUCGGGAUGUGCUGUUCUUAGGUGACGUGGAACCGGACCAGAUCGCUGGGUCGAACAACAAUUUGACUCUCUGGGAGGCAGUUGCUAAACGCGCUGCCGAAGGAAAGUUAAAAGCUGUGUUUAUCGAAUGCAGUUUUGCAUCUGAACAGCCUAGCCACUUGUUGUUCGGCCAUCUAACGCCAAUUUACUUGUACAAGGAACUAGAAGCGCUAGCACGUUGUGUGUGUGCAGCCCGCAAGCAGGAUGAAUCUUCCUUGGAAAACAGCUUGCGUGGGCUUAAGUGCAUUGUAAUCCAUGUCAAAGGCAUGGUACUCUCUGCUGAUCCGUCUUACUCGUGUUGUAACCCUAUUCCCAAAACGACGUCGGCAACGUCACUUCCCCUACCCAUUCCCAUUUUACAACUCAUCGAAAAAGAACUCCACGCGCUGGAAAGCAAAGGGCGUCUUGGUGUCGAAUUCGUGAUGGCUAAUCGUGGACAGCGUAUUGGUACGUGGAUGUCGACCGUUCUGUGA